GCGCGCUCGAGUGCCCGUCGCCAGCGCAGUCUCCUCCAGGCAGUCCGCGCGCGCGCGCCGCCCCGGCAUGCCCCUGCUGUAGGAUGCUGUCGAGCGCGAGUUCCGCCACGCCGUUCGGGGUGCGAGACAUCCUCAGUGCGGAGCAGGCGGUCGACGCCAUGGACUGCUACCAGACCGAGCUGCAGGCCCAGCACGGCCUGGCCGGCCAGCUGCAGCCCGACUACUACGGCUACGCCGCGCUGCCGGACCCCGGCUGCUGGGACCUGGACAGCAAGCCGAAGGACCAGCAGCUCGCGCCGGGCCAGGCCUUCCAGGCCUACGGCGCCGAGAUGAGCCACGUGCAGCAGCUCGGCCAGGUGGUGCCGCCCGCGCCCUACCAGGACCCCCCGCUGCCCGAGGACGGCGACCUCGUCACCUCCAGCAGGACCGAGCUGCGCAAGAGCCAGUCCUGCAAGCGGACCAAGCGGAAGCCGCGCGUGCUCUUCUCGCAGACGCAGGUGUACGAGCUGGAGCAGCGCUUCAAGCAGCAGCGCUACCUGAGCGCGCCCGAGCGCGAGCUGCUGGCCCAGGCGCUCAAGCUGUCGAGCACGCAGGUGAAGAUCUGGUUCCAGAACCGGCGCUACAAGAGCAAGCGCGCGCGCAUCGAGGACGCGGAGAAGCUGCAGAAGGGCGCCGCCGGGCCGCGGGCUCUGCCGGGCAGGCGGCCAGGGCCGCCCGCGCCGCCCGCGCCGCCCGCGCCGCCCGAGCCCGCCAAGCCGCCGGGCCUGGCGUUCGGCUGCUGGCCCGCGGCCUGCGCGCCGCCCGAGCACGCCGGCCCCGCCUACGCCCCGGCCAGGGGCCCGCCGCCCGGCGACGCCCCCGCGCCCGCGGACCUGGGCUUCGGCUUCCCGGCGCCGGCCAACCCCCCCUACCCCGCCAUGCAGCCCUACUACGGCUUCGUGGAGCAGGCCGCGAUGGACCAGAGCUACCAGAGGUUCUGGUGAACGCGCUGCGCCGCCCGCUCCUCGCGCGUCCGAGGCGCCCUUGUAAAGACUCUCUAGCCAGUAACUAGUGUUUAAGCGCUCCUGCGAGCAACCAAAGAUUC